GACGAACAACAUCUCCACUUCCAUUAUUCAGUCUUAUCCUUAUCUCCUUCCUUGUUCUAUUUCGCUUCUAAUCUCUCUCUCAUAAUCAUUACAUCUUCUUGUCUAACUUCUUGGUAUCAUAGCUUCUGCAAACUCUAGAGUUAUUAUACAUUAACAAAAGAUAAAAUGUCAAUGGACGGAGUUAUGAAAUGAGAAAUCUAAACCAGUUCUCUAGAUUCCUUGUUUAUCAUUCUGUAUCCGUUGUGAUUCUCCACUGGUUUUACGUUUUUUCUUGAAUUUUUAUUUUAUUUUAUUUUCCGCAAAAAGUAUUAAUUAUAGGACAAGAACAUGGCAAACGCAGAGAAGACAAGUUCAGGUUCCGACAUAGAUGAGAAGAAGAGGAAACGCAAGUUGUCAAACCGCGAAUCAGCUAGAAGGUCGCGUUUGAAGAAACAGAAACUAAUGCAAGACACCAUCAACGAGAUCUCGGCUCUCGAGAGACGAAUCAAAGAGAACAGCGAGAGAUGCAAAGUGGCGAGACGGAGGCUAGACUCGCUGGAGUCUGAAAACGUGGUUUUGAGAUCGGAGAAGACGUGGCUUUUGGGCUACGUCAGCGAUUUAGAAAACAUGAUGGCCACGACUACUUUAACGCUGACGCAUAGUGGCGGCGAUGAUGAGAACGUAAACGCGGAAAUAGCGGUUGGAUUAGAUUGUAGGCGUGGACCAUGGCAGCAUUCUCUACAGUCAGUUGCGUCCUUCAAAACAUGAGCAUUGUCUUUUUAAGUUUGUUUUUUUAAUAUCGAAUUGUUUUCUACAUUCGAAAAAGGUUACGGAAGUUGUUAAUUGUUGAUGCGUUGUAACUUGUAACUCAUAAAAGUCAUUCUCAAGCAUCUA